AUACAUAUCAACAGGUAUUUGAGUUCAAGAUGAUUUAUACGCCACAGGUGAUUUACUUCUUUAUCGGACAAGAUAGCGGAUUUUGAUUAAAGAUUAUCAUAUAUUGUGAUCCAUUGGAUUAAGUGUGGUGGUUUUUAGUUUCUUACAGGUAAACAAGGGAUUUUAGAAGAUGACGUGAGAGAGUCCUCCAAACGCUAGAGCUACCUCCUAACUUCCACAUUCAUCUACCCAUAAAAACUCACAGGGAAGAAUUUUAAUGGGGAAAAACAUGUUUUGCAAUGAGUUCCAGACCAGAUAUCAUGGCUGCAUUCUAUUAUCAUGAUUAUAAAGCUUCUGAGAUGAAACAGAUUGUGCCUUAAAGCUCUUGUGUGUACCUGAUCAUGUCCAUAUGCAGGCAUGUGCAUUGAAGCAAUUUGAUCAGCCUUCCCAGACGUACGAUAAACAGACAAGCACAUACACAGCUGUGAUAAUUAUUUGAAAUAUUUUAAUGGUCUGCAGAACAGUUUAAUACAUUUUAAUUAACUGAUUAUUUAAAGGAAAAUAUUUCCUGAUUUUAAGUUUCCUGUCUUAAAUUACUGAAUGCCAGACCUGGUAUCCCAGGUAUAAUACUGAAAUUUUGCAGAUUUCAAGAAAUGGAAAGGCACAAGAUGAUAUUUUAUGAGCAUUGAGGAAGAUUGAUGAUACAGGUUUUAUGUUUUAAGCUCUUAAGAUAAUGAAGCUGAGCAAAAGUUGAAUAAGAAUAAAGUGAAUGUUUUAUUGGAUUUGGAAUGAUGCUGCAUCUUUGAAGAGUACAUCUGUUAUUCUAUCGCAGAACUCUGCAGUUCCUGUGGAGUUUUGGAUUUAUUUCAAAUUUUCUUGGGAUUUUAGCGAAGCACAAGUGUGAUUAUUUUAGUGGCGGAUAUUAGUUAUGAAACAAGAGUUACAAAAAUUUAAAAUUGAAAGUCGUGUAAAGUUAAUGAAAUUCUUGCUGUGAAUUUUAUGGCUGUUAUUUUGAUAAGUUAAUCUCUAUUCUUUUGUGUGUGAAAAAGUUAAUUUCGUUUUAUGAGUUGUGUAGCGUGUCAAAUGAUUGGAUUGGAGUGUUAUUAUGUCGGAGGAAUUAAUCCCGCCAUUUACUGGCCCUAUGUCAAAAGAGACGGCUCAGUAUAGGGCAAAACAAGCAGUAGAAUAUUACCAUAAGCAAUUAAAAGGGCAGUCUAAGCCUGAAUUGCCGAAAAGACAGAAUCGCGAUAGGGAGGAAAAUAUAACAGGUCAUCGUGAUAAAGUGAAUGGAUACCGCGGUCAGUAUGAGCAGAAACAUGCAAACGUAGAUGGUCGACAUAGUGCACAGACACAUUAUGACCCACCACCUGAACGAUUUGUGCGAGGUGGCCAGCGUGCUACAGUACACGGGACAAAUUCAGGCCGCCAGUGGCAACAGAAAUACAGCAAUAAUGAUGCACAAAUUGUAAAUAAUAACACUGCAAACAAUGUUGUCCGUCAGGAACAUAGAUCUGGUUCAAAAAAGAGAUAUAGUAGAGGCUUGCAUCGCAGUAACAGCAACCUAGAAGAAAGUAUGGAAUAUAUAAAUGUUGAAAAUUUAGAUACUUCAAUGAGUUCUCGAAGAGAAUAUGGAAGUACUUCUUCAUUAGAUAUGAUGAAUGCAAGCACAAGUAGUGAUAGUUUUUUCCAGAUGUUGGAAAAUUUAAGACCUCCCAAUACUGAUCAGAGGAGUCCUGCUCCUUCGAAAUUAAAAGAAGUGUUACGAGGUUCAAAAGUCGAGGAGAAAAAUAAUCAUAUAUUUUUACGGAAUUUAGAAACAAUUGCCAAUGGCUCUGUAAUACAUAACCGUCCUAUGUCCGAUGAAGUUGAUGAAGGAAGCCAAAGUCCAAGAACUAGAGCAAAGUUAAAGCAAAAAGAUAGAAAGCUUAGAUCCAAGUCAAUUACCCCAGACGUUGGACCUGGUGUCUGGAAACGUUUUAGGAAUAAGAAUGAGCCAGAAACUGGGGUAAAAUCUAGUGACACCGUGCCUGAUAUUGAAGUGAAAGGAGAUGAUAGAUUCCGUCGGAAAGCAUUCGUCCAUUAUGAUAGUCAAAGUAUUGGAUUUGAUGUUAACAAAGUAUUAAAAUUGAAAACAUCAUCAGUAAAUUUUUCAAACAUAUCAACUGGAGCAUCAGCCGCUUCAGGUACGCGUGAAAGUUACGCGGGUGAAGCUGAUGACCCAGAUAUCAUCGCAAAUACCGAUGAUGGUGAUGGUAGGAAUAAUGACCUCAUUCACUCCUGUUCUUUUUUCCGCAAUGAAAUUGGUGGUGAGGAAGAAAGGAUAAUUGGAUUAACACAAAGUACUGCUAAUAAACAUGUGCAAACUAGUAGAGAAAAAAUUAGAAAUCGAAGUGCAAUAUCAAUGAAGCGUUCCCCGGAAUGUUGUGGAGUGACUAUUUUAGACUGUUCUCCAACUUGUGUUGGACAUAUCCUGCCCCCUCACAUCAAAUACAAAGGUCAUGUCAUAGAAUAUGUAGAUACUGGUGCCUACUACUACAGACAUUUCUUCAAUGGUCAAGACCAUCAGAAUUAUUUUGGUGUUGACGACAAUCUUGGUCCAGUAGCUGUCAGUUUAAAACGUGAAAAGCUUGACGAGCGGGAAAAUCAUCUUGGGAAAUCUGAGGCUGGGCUCUUCCAAUACAGAGUUAUUCUUCGAACAAGUGAGCUUACAACAUUGCGAGGGUCAGUGUUAGAAGAUGCUAUUCCAGCUUCUGGAAGACUUAGUAGCUCGCGUGGGGUACCAGUCAAAGAUCUUCUCGAGUUCUUGGUCCCCGAGGUUCAAGCUUCAUGUCUGCGUCAAGCAACAGCAGGCCAGAAAACCUGCGAUCAGCUGAUAAAAGUAGAUGAACAAAGAAUUUUCAGCACUUAUAAAGUAGGCAUUUUGUACUGCAAGACAGGCCAGACCACAGAAGAAGAAAUGUAUAAUAAUGAACAUUCAAGUCCAGCAUUCGAUGAAUUUUUACACUGUAUUGGUGAUAAAGUUCGAUUAAAAGGUUUCGAGAAAUACAGAGCGCAGCUCGACAAUAAAACGGAUUCCACGGGUACUCAUUCUAUUUAUACCACAUUCAACAACUCAGAAAUCAUGUUCCAUGUAUCCACUAUGCUUCCAUUUACACCCAAAAAUCAUCAACAGUUAUUACGCAAACGUCAUAUAGGUAAUGAUAUUGUAACGAUAGUAUUCCAAGAGCCAGGUGCUCCACCGUUCACACCAAAGUCAGUACGAUCGCAGUUUCAACAUGUGUUCAUCAUCGUUAGAGUUCACAAUCCAUGUUCAGAUAAAACCUCAUACAGUAUUGCAGUCAGCAGAUCAAAAGACGUACCUCCCUUUGGCCCCACUAUACCAGAGAAGGCAAAGUUUUACAAGUCACGAGAAUUUGCUGAAUUUCUUCUUGCUAAAGUGAUAAACGGUGAGAACGCUGCACAUCAUUCAGAAAAGUUUGCGGCUAUGGCAUUACGUACAAGACAAGAAUACCUCAAAGAUUUAGCUACAAACUAUGUUACCAGUAACUCGCUAGAGUCAGCAUCCAAACUAAGUAAAUUUGUAAGUGGUAAGAAGAAAGAAAAGAACAGGGGAAAGCUAAUACCAGACAACUUUGCACUUGGUGCUGUUGUUUGGCAUGUUGAGGUUGAAGACAGUGGCAAGUCCUCUCCUGUGCCUUGUUUCGUGGGUAUUGCGGCAGAGACUCUUGUGGUUGUAGAGGAGGCUGGUAGAGAUGUGAUAUUUACCACACACUGUGGAUCUGUGAUAGGCUGGACCUCACAGUCACUCAGUUUGAAGCUAUAUUACCAGCAAGGAGAGUGUUUGGCUCUGAAGCCAAUCAGUGGAGAUAUGGAAGAACUGCAGGAGAUAGUCACUAGGCUUAGAGCUGUUACCAUGGGUUGUGAGACCGAAGAACUAAGUUUGAAGAGGAAUGGCCUUGGACAACUUGGUUUUCAUAUACAAGCUGAGGGCAUUGUUACUGAUGUAGAAAAUUACGGAUUUGCAUACGAGGCUGGUUUACGUAAAGGAAGCCGCCUUGUUGAGAUUUGUAAGGUUGCCACGGUAACACUGACACAUGAUGAGAUGGUGGAUCUCCUACGCACAUCUGCCACAGUUAAAGUUGUGGUGAUCCCUCCGCUGAAGGAUGGGGGCCCAAGGGGUGUGGUAAACUUACAUGCUAACCAUCACUAUUCCUCAUUCCCUGCCUUGAAUGCUGUGAUACAAGCUGAAUACACCCAUCAUCAAAGGCAGGCGCGGUCUUCUAGUAGUUCCAGUGAACCAAUGUUAUCACCCAUGACGCCUGUAUCACCAAUGGACCUGCUCCCUGGCAGAGAGAUGUUUCCGCCAAGUGUUGCCCCAAGAAGCAUGAAGAAGGAAUCACAUUAUCAGAGAGAAUACAAAGAGACUAAAACCUCUCACCACCGUCACCACAGGGAACCACCAGAAUUAAUACAUCAGGUUUCAAGAGAUUCACAGGACUCCAGUCAUCAUAGUAGUUCAAGGGAGAAUACUCCAAGAGAAGUCGAGGAAAGAUGGGAACUAAGGGAGAUAACUAGAAAGAUUAAGAAGGAAAGUGGAGAUUUAAGAGACAGUUACGAACAGGAAGAAUUAGAAUUUAUACAUGAGAGAGAAUCAUCAGUAUCAUCAACCCACAGUCAGGCUAGUCAACGCAGCUCAAAUACUCUUCCUCAUCAGAAAAAAUCAUCAUCAACAUCAUCUGAUUAUAGAGGAGAGAUGAAAUCACCACCAAGUAGAACAUUCUACCUCACCGACUCACCAUGGUCAUCUUCGAGUCUGCCUCGCGGAACCACCAACAUUGUGCAAUCUACUAGUUACCAUGGUUACCAGGACUCUACUGUAUCCUCAGGUAGAGGCUCGCUGUUUGAGGGGAGAGAGACUGUGGAUCACUAUGGUUCAAACUCUAGGGGUCUUGAUGAUAGUAGUUAUGGUACAUUGGAGGACCGGCACAAACGCAGCGGCUCCAGGGAUAGCCUGGACCAAACCUCUCUUGUUGGGUCAAAAGAUUGGAGUGAAGGUAGCCAGCCUCGCAGACCACCACCACCAAAAGAUAGUGCACCGUGGGCAGAGAGUACUGGAUUGUCCCAAACCACAUACCUCACCAGCAGCACAGAGAACCUCUACAGCAGCUCCAACGCUUUAUCAUCAUCAUCAUCUGCUGCUUCACUCCGUAAACCACAACCACCUGUAAUUGAUUACUCAUCCGUCCAGCAUGGCAACUACGCCCAAGAACUGCUUAAACAGUCCCAGAAUACCAAAUAUUUGUUGAGUCACGGACACGAUUCUAGUCGCAAAGAGGGUCUCACCUCUGCUAACUCUAGCUCAGUGAACCUGAGCGAUACCUCAUUUUCAAGUGGUGGGUCAGGUCAAACUGCAUCCAACAUGCCUCAGCCAGGGUCAUCUGGAGACUUGAAUAUGUAUAACAGGGAUAGAAGUAGAGAAGAUUUAUCUGGUCGUAGAAGAGCAAACACAGCAUCUGUACCUCACUCCUCCAAGUCACAUACAUCUGGUGUAGCAAGGAGAGCAGAACUGUGUGUGUCACCAUUGAGUAGUGAACAGAGUAGUCCAAGAUCUUCUAACAAGAAUUUAUCUGGCAUGUCAUCUGAGGAGUCAUUGAGCACAAGGUUACGUCCUGGAGUGACAACAAGACUGAGCAAAGCCAAGGCAACAAACAAUCUACAAGAUGAUUUAAUGAGGUUGAUAGAUCCGGACAUUGCUGAAAGUGAUCUAGCAGGAAUACUGACGAGCAGGUCAUCCAGUAAGAGGUUAUCAGGACGUUUAGUGAGGACAAUGUCAGACGAGAGUCUACACAGUGGUAAAGGCAGUCUCCUGUUUGACCAGGAUAUCCGAGAGUCACUGUUCCCAGAGAGGAAGCAGGAACUACAGGGCAGCAGGGAACAGCUAAGACAACACAGAUUAUCUCCCCGUGCUUUGGGUGAUGCUGCCCCACGUGUACCCAUGCCCGACUCAGCUGCCUCGCUGGACUGGAGCAGCCUCGUUGAUGUGGCAACAAAGGCUAUAGAAGGUUCAGAGGACCCCAAAGAUAGAAUCUCAUCCCCUGUAAACUCUACAACAUCAUCUACAAGUUCUGCAAAUAAAUCUAGAGACAUAAAAAUAGAAUCAUUAUACAGACAGAAAAAUCAUGACCGCCCACCGGAUCCACCAACCGGCAGCAAUCCUCCGGUGUGGCGAUCAGUCGUGGCAAAUCCACAACAAAGGAUUCAGGAGCUGGAGGCAAAAGUUUCUCAGCUGGAAGAUGAACUUGCCCAAGAGAGACAGGAGAGUGCUGCACUCGAUAGCGAAGUGCAGAGGUUACGGACAGAAAAUGCGCGACUGCAAGAAGAGUCACAAAAUGCAGCAGCACAGUUACGACGAUUUACCGAGUGGUUCUUUACUACCAUAGACAGGCAAUAAAUGGGGAUAAAAUGUGCAUAUAUUGUGAUAUGUUGGAACUCAAUAAAAUGGUUGAUACAAUUAGAUAUGGUUGACGUGUAUAAGACGUCUUGUUUAGAUAUCAUUAGAUUUUUCUUUCAAAUUUCUAGUGACAAUAGGUUUGUGAAAUGUAAAACUUUAUAAUUUUAUUGCUUAACAGUUUUAUACUUAAGAAACAACAAAAGUGACUGAAACAGGAUAAUAACAGUUUGUAUUCAACUAAAAAUUAUUAAUAGUCCUUGUAUGAAAUGACAUGCAUGGAAAAAGAACUCGUUUGAAUAUUUUGUGAAACACCUUUUUUUUUUGCUACUUUUUUCAUCUUAAAUUUUUUACCACCUAUAUUUUGUUCUUUUUAAUGUGUUUAUAUAUUCUUCCAAUAUAAUUGCAAAUAUUUUAUUGUUGCACACGGUUGUACAUGUAUCAAUUCUUAGUUACUACAGUUGUUAUCAAACAUUUUGGUCAAGUAGAACUUGGCAUCAAGUAUUUCUAAAACAGUACCCUAGUCAGAUAUGCUCAUCAUUUUAAAAAAGACAUCAAUAUUUUUGUUUUUAUUGGCACAUUAUUACAUAUUGCAACUCAUUUUAUUGUUAGUAACCUAGUUUACUUUGUUUAAGUUUUAAAGGUUGUGUGCCAGAGACGCUGUUACAUUUGUUGAGUACACUCUUAAAUUCACACCAGUUUUAGUUAGAACUUGUAGCUAAUUAUUUUAGAAAAAUAAAUACUGCAAACGGCACUUUCUAAAAGUGGGUUGUUUUAAAUUUCUGUUAAUGGAGAACAUUUUUUUAAAGGUUUUACCUAUUUUUGUUAAAUUGUGAUAGAAAAUAUGUGCUGACCAAAUAUGAUUUAACACUAUUUUGUUGCAGUAAAAAGUGAAAAUGUUGAAUGGGGCCAUAACUUGAAUGUUGUUUUUGUAUUUACACUUGUUGUAAAGGAAGUUAUAGAGACUAUAAAUAGAACAUAAUUGAGCCGUGCCAUGAGAAAACCAACAUAGUGGGUUUGCGACCAGCAUGGAUCCAGACCAGCCUGCGCAUCCGCGCAGUCUGGUCAGGAUCCAUGCUGUUCGCUAACAGUUUCUCCAAUUCCAAUAGGCUUUAAAAGCGAACAGCAUGGAGCCUGACCAGACUGCGCGGAUGCGCAGGCUGGUCUGGAUCCAUGCUGGUCGCAAACCCACUAUGUUGGUUUUCCCAUGGCACGGCUCAUAUAAUGAUCUGUAACAGCUGGUACACCUUUUUACAUGACAUUGGGAAUGUUUACUUGUUUAUACAUUUGAAUUUUUUUAAUGUUAUUAAAGAUGAACAGGAGAAAUUAUAUACAACUUGAAAGAAAAAGAAUGAUAACAGUGUAGUCAGUAGUGUAUAAUGGAAAAUAUCAAAGAAUUUAGUGCAAAGUAUUUAAAUGAACCAAGUUUAUGUUGAGUCAACGCUAAGUGGAAACUUGGCCAUUUAAGUAUUUAAAAAGAAGGUCAAAAAGUUUUUGGAGGUCUGGAGUGGGGCGGGGGAGGGUAUGUUACUUUUUCAGUUUGGUCUUGAUUUUAUCAGGGGCCUAUACAUCUCUUGACAAGACAUAGAAGUCUUGAAUUUAUCAAGAAAUAGUAUAUGAUUCACCAAAAAAAAAAAUUAAUAUUUAUUAUUGCAGUGCAGUUUCAUAAUUUAUAUUUUAACAAAGGAAAUAAAAUUUAGUUUUGCAGGUGUAAAAUAUUGAAAUUUCAGAGGUUAUAGCUACUGUGAAAUCAUUUAAUUUUGUGGGUAUGAUAUUAAGAGGUUACUAGUAGUCUAAAAUAGCUCUUACUUCAUGGGGAUAUAGAUUGUGGAUUUCAAAUUUUGAACAUAGUUGAAGGGGAAAUUGUUUUCUGGUUGUGAUUUAGUUUCAUGGAUUAACUUGACUGCGAAAUUUAUUCGUCCAUGAAAAUUACUUAUUCACAGUAAUUUGUUCUGAACCAUUUUAAUGAAUUUCACAUUAUAAAGAUUUAAAUGAAAGGGUUUUCAUUUGUUUAUGAGAUUCAGUGCAACUGAUUGGUAAAGCUUGGAAUUUACCAUAGACAUUUGUCCAUAUGAGCUUUUGCAGAACUUGAUGUAACACCAGUAUUCUUUCCUGUCAGUAGAAUUUGUUUUCCAUGAGAUAUGGGACAACUAUUGUUGGAAUGGCAUUAUCCAUAGAAUUGCUUUUGAAGCUUUGUAAAUGGGCAGCGUUUAAUUUAUAGAUUUUGUCAUUGUAUUAAAUGUUCGCGAAUAUUGCUUAAACAUUUUGAUUUUCCUUUUUUUCUCUCUCUUUUUUUAAGGUGAUUUUUUUUUCUAUGUUUUCUCUUAAAGAUAAAAUAAUUUAAUUGAAAGGAUACAUCCAGAUAAGAAAUCUCAUAUUGAUGAAUAGUUAAUUAACAUCAGUUUAUCUUUUUGCAUUAUUUACAAGGGAUUUUGUCUUUUGAGUUUUAGUUGAAUAAAUGACCUACUCUUAAAUGAAAAGAGAAGUCUAUAAACUCAUCCCAGGUAUUCAGAUUCAUACCAGUGUAGACAGCCUUUUGUUGUUUAAAUCUGUCUUAUCAUGUAUCUGCUAAGCAGCCAGUGGGUUUAAGAUUUAUUUAUCGAGAUCAAAAAUAUUUCCAGGUCUACGGUAUUUAACAUAUAAAUAUCAUAGAUAAUUACCAGGAGCCCACCAAAUACAUAGCUCAUGUAAUUCAUAUAACAGGAAUGUUUCCAGUAAUGAAAUCUUUAGUCCUUUUAAUAUAUAUAUAUUAAAUAUAUAGUAUAGAUGCAGCCUGUAUAUUAUGUCAUCAUUAUUUUGUAUAUUAUUUCAAAUCUUGAUUAUAUAUUGUCUGGUCUCUUAUUAGUGUCAUUUUCAUGUGUUUAAAUGUAUGUAUACAAAAAUUACAUCCAUAUCAUGUAAAUACAUGUAACACUUUCAACAGGCAGUAGUCAUUUAUGCCUUUAUAUUUGAUCAUUGUAGAAAAUACUCUAUUCUUUUAAAGUACAGAAUAUAUCUAAGAUAAGAGAAAAAUAAUUAAAAAUAUUUAUGUAACAAA